AUGGUAGAUUCAGACCAGGGUCCUUCAUCUUCUUCAAGGGCAGAAAAGACUUUUCAAAUUCAGACCCAUUCAGAUGACCCAACGCAAUGUGAUUCGUCCCCUACCCCAUCUCCGCAAACUCCACAUGAAGAACAUCGUGUAGGGCAAACAGCACAGUCAACUCAAGACUCUGCGGAGGGUAGAGCAGAGUUGGUUUCAAGAGCCCGAACAUUUCUUACCUCUCCUCAGGUGCAGCAUCAAGACAUAGCUGCAAAACGCGCUUUUUUGGUGGAAAAGGGUCUAAGCGAACUAGAAAUCGCAAAGCUAUUGUCUGACAUACCAACACUUAUGCCCACUAUCCCUCCAAAGACAUACCCACAACCUCGUCCGUCUAACCUACCUGUUCUUCUUCUAGGCCUUGCCCGCCUGUUUUCGUGGUUGGCAGGCGGAUCAGCCUUUCUGCUUCUCAUAUAUCACCGAGUUCUAUUACCUCGCAUUACGCGCACUUCACUAGCCCGGCACUCAUUGAGAUCCCACCACCUAUCAUUAUUACGACAGCUCACAACAUCAUUAUCGUCGUUAAAAGAGUCACAAUCUGAAUCCUUGUCCGUCCUUCCACGUCCGGAUCCUUCAAACGAACGUAAACCAUUUUCCACAUGCACAUCUGUGGAGGAUGUACUCAAAAUCAUCGAGGAAACUACCAAAGGGCCUGAUUUCUCCCAAAUACCUCACAUUACUCUGUUACGCUGUGCAAUUCAGACAUUAUCAAAGGACAAAGAGGGGAGACGUGUCAAUCCCACAACAGAUCAACUCUACCGAUAUCUUGAGACCCAAAUUCCUUGGCUUCUUACAGAGGAAGGAUUCCACUACGAAAGUCAAUUAUGGGAAACACUCUCCACCUCCACUCUUUUCGGAAAAGUUUCUCCUUCUGAGGCGUCUAAUGCUCAGCAAGAUGCAAUCGAGCAAACCAGUGCGCAGACACACUGGGACUACAUUACACCCUCACGCGCGGACGACCCUCCUCUUUUCAAAUCAUUGAUUAAAUUAUCGUCGGAGCUUCCACGGGGUACUAAAACGCGGAAGAGCCCUUUCCAACAUACUUUGCAAUCUCUUUCAGAUUUUACUGGGUACAUCAGUACUCAGAUAUAUUUACCAUAUAGGCCCCCAUCAACGGUAGGGAUACCAACUGCUGGUGGACAGAAUUCUCUCGAAGAAGAUCUGAGAAAAGAGAUCCGGGCAUUGAAAGGAUUGGUGCUGAACAGAGCUCCGUUGAGCUCACUUAACAUCACCUUUCUCGGGACAGCAUCUGCCCAGCCGUCAUCUACAAGAAAUCAUUCUGCACUUAGUCUUCGACUGGGAGGCGAUGUAUGGUUAUUCGAUUGUGGGGAGGCUACACAACAUCAAUUGCAGAAGAGUAGUGUCAAGAUGGGCAAAAUAGAGAAGAUUUUUAUAACGCACACGCAUGGGGACCACAUCUUUGGCCUCAUUCCUCUAAUGUGCAGCUUGCUAAAUGGCGCUGGUGGUACUGCAGAAGGUAGCGAGGAUCCAAGACUAAACGUCGAUACAACAACUGCUUCUCUUGAAAUUUAUGGUCCCCUAGGUACUCGUGCCUACAUUCGCAAUGGUCUCUCAUAUACCCACUCCAAUCUUGGUGCUUCAUAUGUCGUCCAUGAACUGCGAUUUGGUUCCGAUCCACCGACAGGCGACUUCACGGUACUACCUCCUCAGGCCGCAGAAUGUACAUUUGGGCGCAAUAUAAAGCAGGUAAGCGGUAGCUGGGUUGACAUAUACAAAGACAAAGUAGUGUCUGUUUCCGCUGCUCCAAUUCACCACAGUGUACCCUGUGUUGGAUAUGUUAUCACAGAAGCUCCCGUCCCAGGCAAAAUCGACCCUUCAAAGUACAUCCCAGCUAUAAAACGCACAAAGACACCUAUGUCAGUCAUGCGCCAGUUACAACAAGGAGAUUCUGUUGUUCUUGCGGAUGGCAGUGUUCUUCAAGGACCACCUCGCAGAGCUGGACGUAAAGUUGUCAUCCUAGGCGACACUUAUGAUCCUCUGCCAAUAGCUUCUUUGGCGGAAGACGCAGAUUUGCUCAUACAUGAAGCCACCAACGCACACCUCCCUGGCAUUGACGCCAAUACAAAGCCAACAGAUACAUACGAGACAGUAGAAGCGAGAACCAAAUCCAGAGGACAUUCAACUCCUCAGAUGGCUGGAAAUUUCGCCAGGCAUAUUCGAGCUCGGAGGUUAAUUCUUAAUCAUUUCUCUGCACGUUAUCCAGGGGAUGCUUCCGACACCUCGAAAGCAAUUAUGAAAGCAAUAGGAGAUCUGGCAGCCGCGCAGUAUGGUCAAGAUGUAGAAUGCGCAACUGAUUUAUUGAGCGUAGAAAUAAAUAUCAGGGAUAAAUGA